CGCGCAUGCGCAGAAAGGCAGGCGAUGGUUGAAAACUAGCAGCUAUGCCGCUGAGCAGACGAGCCUAACUCAAUGGUACUGAUCAGAGCAUCCGACCCGCACACGCUGGAGGCCGCCGUGCAGCUCGUUCCGCGCACGGCCAGGAGACACAGCUCGUGUGGCCAGAGCUCGCAGGCUUCUCCGGGUUUCUCUCCAGCAGCUCGACGGCUCCUCCAUUCCUCCUCCUCCCUCUCCCUCUCCUUCUUCUCCUCCUCCUCCUCCUCCUCCUCUUUCUCUUCCUCCGGCUCGGCAGCGGUCGACACAUCCUCCCAAAUGUUGCCAUCCUACUGAAGCGCGGGGAUUUACUCCUUCCAGCGGCUUUACUGACUAUUAACACACAGACCCAGGGUACCCCGAGCCUGAACGCGGGUCGCUAUGUUUUUGUUACCGUUCCAGCCCGCUCGGAGGCGUGUGAACAGCUUGUGUCCGGGGGCGUUGUGCCUGCACUUCAUGCUCUGGAUUGUAUGUGCUGUUUGCGGAGAGGAGCAGCCGUUCAGUGUGGAGGCAUGGCUCCAGCGGUAUGGUUACCUCCCCCCCACAGACCCCAGAAUGUCUGUCCUGCGUUCGGCGCAGACCAUGCAGACUGCUAUCGCUGCCAUGCAGCGGCUGUACGGCCUCAACGUCACCGGCGCUCUGGACAAGAACACCAUCGACGCUAACACUAUAAGCUGGAUGAAAAGGCCCCGGUGUGGGGUACCAGACCAGCUUGGCGGUGCCUCUAAAUUCAGCGUACGGAAACGACGCUACGCUCUCACGGGACAGAAGUGGCAACACAAGCAUAUCACAUACAGCAUAAAGAACGUCACACCCAAGGUGGGCGCAGAGGAGACCCAUGAUGCCAUCCGUCGAGCGUUCGAGGUAUGGCAGAAUGUGACGCCGCUGCGCUUCGAGGCUGUUCCCUACAGCGAGCUCGAACGGAAUAAGAAAGAUGUGGACAUUACCAUCAUAUUCGCCUCCGGAUUCCACGGAGACAGCUCUCCCUUUGAUGGAGAGGGGGGCUUUCUGGCACACGCUUACUUCCCUGGGCCGGGCAUCGGGGGAGACACACACUUUGACUCAGACGAGCCCUGGACUCUGGGGAACCCCAACCACGAUGGGAAUGACCUGUUCCUGGUGGCCGUGCAUGAGCUGGGCCAUGCGUUAGGCCUGGAGCACUCCAAUGACCCCACAGCCAUCAUGGCCCCUUUCUACCAGUACAUGGACACAGAGAACUUCAAACUGCCUCACGAUGACCUGCAGGGUAUUCAGAAGAUAUACGGACCACCAGACAAGCUCCCUCAGCCUACAAAGCCUUUACCAACAGCGCCCCCUCCCCGCUCACACCCUCCCGCAGACCCCCGCAAACACGACCGUCAGACGCGGCCCCCGCGCUUACCCACGGGGGACAAGCCUUCACAUCCGAACGCCAAGCCCAACAUCUGCGACGGAGAUUUCAACACGCUGGCCAUCCUACGGAGAGAGAUGUUUGUGUUUAAGGAUCACUGGUUUUGGAGGGUGAGGGACAACGCAGUGAUGCCAGGCUACCCCAUGCUCAUCAACGUGUUCUGGAGAGGUCUGCCGCCCAAGAUAGACGCCGUCUACGAGAACAGCGAGGGGAAGUUUGUCUUCUUUAAAGGGAAGCAGUUCUGGGUGUUCAAGGACACCAUGCUCCAGCCUGGCUACCCAAAGGACAUCUCCACGUUUGGGAACGGCAUGCCAGCACAGAGUAUUGAGACCGCCGUCUGGUGGGAAGAUGUAGCCAAGACCUACUUCUUCAAAGGGGACAGGUACUGGAGAUACAAUGAAGAUAUGCGGACCAUGGAUCCUGGCUACCCAAAGUCCAUCACAGUGUGGAAGGGCGUUCCACCUUCUCCUCAGGGUGCCUUCGUAGACAAAGCCAACGGUUUCACAUACUUCUACAAAGAUAAAGAAUACUGGAAGUUCAACAACCAGAGACUGCGGGUGGAGCCGGGCUACCCUCGCUCCAUCUUGAAAGACUUCAUGGGCUGCGACAUGACUCCCAUCGAUCCCGACCGCCUCCCCAACGAGGACGUGGACAUCGUCAUCAAGCUGGACAACGAAGCCAGCACGGUCAAAGCCAUCGCCAUAGUCAUCCCCUGCAUCCUGGCGCUGUGUCUGCUGGUGCUGAUCUACACUGUCUUUCAGUUCAAGAAGAAGGGCACGCCCCGCCACAUACUGUACUGCAAACGCUCCAUGCAGGAGUGGGUGUGAGGUAGAGCCCUGCCCCGUGUACUCCCACCAACCCCGGCCAACGCCGCGGUGGUACAGCCCACCUUAAAACCUGCAGACUUACGGCCCUGACCUCACUCUGUCUCACUCCGGCUGCUGUGGGGAGCAGAGAGGGCCUUUGCCUAGAUCUCCCCCCUCCAGGAGAGGAAGGGUGCAUUAUUUCUUACUCCCAGCCCCUCUCCCAUUGACUCAGUGCGCCCACUCUAAGACUAGGGAGGGUUUCAGACCAGACACCUCUCGCGGUGCACUGCGUCGUCCUGCGUCAAAUCAGGUCUUAACUGUUCUAAGUGGAAACAAAGCUGAUUGCUAUAUCUUUAGGUUUUACUCCCAACUGCACGAGAGAAACAAAAGAAAACAAAGAAACAAGCCCAUCUUAAAGUUGCUGGAAUUCAACAAGUUGACAUCUUUUCCUUUUUUUUUUUUAGCCUUUUUAUUUGAUUUAAUCCAUAAUUUAUUUUUUGGAACCGAGGUAUUUUACGAUUCCCUUUAAGCAGUCCUGAAGAAGACAGCCCAAACCAAAUAAAGACUUCUUUCUCUCCAAAGAGGAUUUUUUUUUAUAAAUAUAUAAUUUUUUUGUUUGUUUUUGUUAUCACUUUCUUUACUUUUUCCUCCUUGCUCUUAAUCUUCUGUAGUGAUGAUAAGAAGUGGGGAACUCUUGACUGUUGUGGCAGUCUGUCUCAGAAACAGGGGCCAAAAUAUUUUGCAAUAUUUUUAACAGCCUUAAUUAUAGAUUGUGUUCUUCUCGUUUUGCUCUUUCUUUGUUUUGUUUAAUUUUGGGGUUUUUAUUCCAGUUUUGCUUCGUUUGUUUGUCGGCAAGCCAGUGAGUGGCGUCCAUUGCUUUGCUCCGUUUGUCCUACCUGUGAUUGACCGGCCACGCUUAACCAACUUGGCCAGAAGCCUCUUCGCAGGUCUGCCAAGCUGCUGGAGCAGGGGCGAGCGGUCAGUCUGCACUUAAAGUGAAAUUUAUAUCAGUGGAAGCAGAGAGAAUAGGUUCAAGCCACUACACGAGCUAAUGCAUUACUGCGGCUAUCUGACGUUACUGUCGGAUGUCCGCCUAUCAGUGGAAAUGCGACAUUAAAGGAUAAAGUGCUUGAAGUGCUAUAGUGCUUUAGAACAUCACUCACUCGUUUGUCCAUGUUUACCUGCCCCAGCGACCCAGCUUGGAGCUUUGGUGCUCCUGUCCGAUAAGGAACUCUGCUGACUCCAGGUCAGCCCAGUGUGUCAUCUCUUCUGGACUGCCUUGUUUUAGGGGAGGGGCGGUGGUGGUAAAAUUCCCAGAGCCUUGGCACACACUGCACAGGGGCUUCAUCCCAGGACCCAUGAGAGCAACACCUCAGGACAGUGCUUGUGUGCGAGGGGCGUACGAGCAUUCAUGUCUACAUUUGUGUCCUCCAACUGACCUGAGAGGACAAAGAAAAGGAACUUUUAAAAAAGAAAAAAAGAAAAUGCCUAGGUUGUCAUGUUAGGUUUUCAAAUAAGAUUUUCUGGACGGAACCAGAACUCUUAACAGCGCCUUGCGGCAUGCAACUUGAACUGGGAGCUCAGCCUAUUGCAUUAGAGGGACAUACAGUACCUUGCUUGCAUUUAUUUUUUUGUGUUUUCUUUUCUGGUACAUUACAAAACAAACAAUGAAUGAUCUCAACCUCAAGGUACAAGCGGUACUCAAGUGAGCUGAGCUAUCAUUAAGCAUUCUUUUCUUGGCUGAUACUGAUCAUAAGCGGUAUUUUUUUUCUUUCUUCAGAUCAUUCUAGUUGAGUGGUGAACAUGUCAUUGCUGUUUGGCCAGCAUUGUUUGAAUGCGUGUCUGUCACGUUAUUUUUUAUUAUGAUUAUUGUUAUUAUUCAUUUGAGAACAAAUGAGACAUUUCCAAGUUCAUGUAAGACUCAAAGUUCAUGGGACGAUGGAUCAGUCCUGACAGAAAUAAUAAAUUGAUUGACAUAAAUGGAUUUACGUUCUUUGGUUAUAUUUAUACCCUUUUUUCCCCCCAACAGAGCAAAAACCAAAGUGCCUUUUUAAUAGAAGCCUUGCUUUGAUUUUUGCUCUUGCUUAGACUAUUUCUCACUGCCUUAGUUUUUUUGUCUUUUUUUUUUUUUUUUUUUUUACUUACCUGCCUCUUUACUCAGUCGGUCUGUCGGUUUCUCUCUCCUUCUUUCUUCGCAUGUUCGCACGCAUAUGCAUGAGCACAGCUCAGUAUUUCCCAGAACCUUGGAAGACAAAAAAUAACAGAAACAGACCAUCAUCAUGUUUAUGUGGGAAAUACCGAGACCAAAAGCUCAGCCUCUUAAUGGUAUUGUAUGUCAUGCGGUUAUAUUUAAAAUUUGAUAAGAAUCAGAGUCAAAAAUGUAAACACAGACAGACAGACAUGCUUGUUCUGACUGCCACUGACCACUAGCUGUGGACUAAAGAGGCUAUUUUUAGCUUUUGGGGGUAAAAAAAAAGUUAAAUCCAGCAUGACUCUACAGUGGCACUGAUUUCAGUCUAUAUUUACACUGGCUACAGUGGCUGUGGCAAUAGACCAUCAGUAAAUGAGCUAUUAUUAGUUUCUACAGAGCUCAUUUCUGAACAUUACAAGGUCUAAGGCCUUUGACAUAUUACUGUUUUUGCCUCUCUUAUGACCAGCAAGAUUAAUAAGCUUUUAAAGGCAGGACAGGCUCGUUUCUGGUUUGUGAGAGAAAAGAAGAAUUGGUGCUAACUUCACCUACACUGGCAAAGUAACUGUAUGGUGCUGUUCUCUUCUUUAAUCCAGUAUGGAUUUACACUUGAGUGAUUGUGGUCUGAGCAGGAAUAAUGCGCCUUCCUUUAGCACUAAUCCUUAUUGUGUAUCGGUCUAAUGGCUCACAGUUAGCAGUUAGCAGAUAUUUUUACUUGUUAAUGAUUUAAGGGGUCAUUCAUCUUGAACAAGCUCUACAUUUUGAGCAAGCACACACUGAUCCUGUCUGUUUAUGCAGACAGAAAUGAUCAGACUAUUGUUGCUGUGUCAAAAUAUCAUCCAUUUCCAACAGUGUCAUUUAUUUUUAUUUUUUUUAACAGAACCUUGCUCUUUUUUUUUCGACUCAUCUGUGGUUGAUACUCUUCAUGUUCAUUCUCAUGUUCAUUCAUUAUCUAUAGUUGUUUUAAUAGACAUGCGUUUACUUUUUACAUACGGGACUGUUACGACAAUGGAGGGGACUAUUGAGAAUAGAAGUCUUUUCUACCAUUUUUUAAAAAUCUGUCUUUGGCAUCACUGUUUCUUUUUGCUGUAUCUUUUCAGGAUCCAUUUCGUUGACCAAUAAACACAUUUCAACAUA